AUGGAGACUAGGUACGCUUCUCUGUUUAACUUCAACGACGAUGAGGCCCUGGUUCUUGGGACAAUUCUGCGACAGAAUGAACUUGGCGAAUUCAAAAACACCUUUGGGGGAGAUGUUGAAGAUCACUGUUUGUGUAAGGAUCAAAUUGUGUUGAGGAAGGAGAAAGAACUCAGGAAGUGGAGAGUUCUUGUUAGAGCGUUCGUGGACAUUGAACGGAUCAUACAGCAGAAAACUGGAAAUGGUUACUCCGGAAAGCUUAGAGUGAUGGCGGAAGAGUUCACACUGGUUUGA